AUGGGAAUAUUAAAAGGUAAAGACACAGCAUUAGAACAUAUUGAACAAUCGAAAUUGGUUUUUUUGGCAACUUUAUCUGAAGUUGAAAGAGGACCAUCAACAAAUACAAUGCCACCAAGAGAUCAUUUUACAAUAAAAUUUGAUCGAGAUACAAUUAAAAAUUUAAAAGGAAGAGUUUAUGAAAAUAUGAAACAAUAUACUUAUGAACAAAGAGGUGAAAGUAUUCCUGUUUUUUUAAAUAAUAAAGAAGGUGAUAAUCAAGGUGGUCUUAUUAAUCCAGUAAAACCUGAAAUUCCAACUGUUGGUCGCCAAUAUGUUGCUUGUAUUUAUGAUGAUCUCAAAAUAGUUGAUUGUCUUGUUGAAAUUGAUUCGCUUGAAGUUGAUGAAUUAGUUAAAACAGCAAAUGCUAGACGAAAAUCAAUUGUCUAA